AUGGAUACGUGGCGACGUCAGUGUUAUUGGGGCCCAACCGGCUGUAAAGAUGAAGCACCGGAGAGUCAGCCCGAAUGGUUUUGGUCACUAAUUGAAUUCGGCGUCCGCAUCAAACGCAAUGCUCCUUAUUUCGGCCUUACUGUUAUUUUACCAUCCGUAAGAUUAUUAUUGCUUUUUUGGGGCAAAGAAAAGGUCGGCAAGGGACAGGUAGGCCGGCACUUGAUGAUUCUGGACCCGGACAAAAUCAGUAAGGUACUUGCUGUAUUGAACAACAUCCGUUAUAGUUCAUCCAGUCACUUUUAUUUUUCAUUUCAGCUCUUCACAGAACAGUUUGCGCAGUCCUGUGCAUUCAAGAUGUUUAGUCCCCAUCUUUUUUUUCCACAUUUCCACCUACGGUCAUUUACCAUGUUCCAUGAUUUCCAACCUUACAAAUUAGUCACUGUUUUUUUUUUUUCUUUUCUGCAUAGUCACUCAAAACGCAUAGUGCCCUGCCUGCUGUACAGGAAUAUUUAA